AGGCAAAGCAACACACCAUAGGACAGUGGGAACAAGCACUGCUUUUUCUUCUGUUUGCUCAUCAGAUCUCAUCUGUAACUGCCAAGCAAGCAAAUCAGGAGUGGCGCGCUCGACCAGCACUUCAAAAUAUUGUGAGUUUCACACAAACUUUCUGCAGAGUACCAGUGAAGAUACAGUACUAAGGCGAAGAUAAGCACCGGAAAAGUGCCAGAAACUAAAUGAUGAGAGAUGGAACCGAAUUGCACAGGAGAUGGACAAAGAUAAUCACAGGCAGCAGAGGACAGCUGAAAAUGAAAAUGAAGAAGUUGAUGGCAAUUGUCUGUGUGGAUUAAGGAACAAAAGAGGAGUCAAAGUCACAGCAAAGCAGAUUCCCCUGGCAGAAUUUGACAAAAUGGACACUUCAAAUCCUGCCGAUGUUUCUGCUCUACUGGAUCAAGAAAGAAAGCUUGGUUACCAUUGCCUUCAAAAACCACCUGGCUUCACACCACAGCAGAAAUCGAGUGACAGCCCUCCUAAAGAGAAUGAAGCCUCAACACAAGGUGGAGAGGAGAUGCACAAAUAUGAGGAACUGUGUGAACAUAGCCCAGAAAAUUAUGGGAGAAUGGAAACUUCAAGCAAAGAGAACCUGACACUGAAGACAGGCUCAAACAACAGAGAGGAGAAACCCGUAUGGCCAGACACAAAAAGAAGUGAGGAAAAUUCAGGGGCAUCAGCAAAUGAUCAAGAGAAACUUGGUGCAGCAGAGGGUGACUGUAAAUUCCACUCUACCCAAAAGAAGAACAAAGGUGGUAAUUUACCAGUUCAAGAAAAAGACAGUAAAGACGAUCAUGUUCCCGGUUCUGGACUUUCCAAAGAAACUUUGCAAGAGUUAAAAAACCUUUUGAGUGAGAGCUCUCUGCUUAGUACCCGGGCCAGGAACAGUGGCAAACCCAGUAGUAUGUUUUCCCAUACGCUUCUGCUGAACGCUAGCGAUAAACAAAAUAGACACAUCGAGACUUUUCAACCUCAUUUAAGAGGAGAUGAUCAGAAAGUCCCUGCUCUACACAAGCAAGUAGCAGGGCAACUAGGGAAGCCACAACUGGUUCACAGCUCAGCUGGGCUGGAUAAGCAGCAGUCCAAAAGUGAUGAUAUAGAGCAGCCUGUUGUGAGGCAACGGACAUCUUCCCAAAAUGCAGACAGUGCUCCAGGAAUUAUAUUGGACCCUACUCCUGGUCAGCAUGAACAAAGAAAAGAUGCAGAUAUAAAGAAGACUGGAAGACAUGUUCCUCAUCACGUGGUCUCAGAGAUUGAACACAUUAUUGAACAGAUGGCCAAAGAUGGCAUACAUUUUGUUAGAUUUGAAGCAACAGAUCUUCAUGGGGUUUCAAGAUCAAAGAGCAUCCCUUCUCGCUUUUUUCGGGACAAAGCAAUCCAUGGUGUUGCCAUGCCCAGGGGUUAUCUAGAACUGACCCUGAAUCCAAAGGAUACUGAAAUAAACCACAUAAGUGCUAGCAAUUUCAACUGCGACAUAGUCUUGAGUCCUGAUUUGUCAACGUUUCGAGUUUUACCAUGGACUGAACUAACUGCAAGAGUGAUAUGCGAUUCCUUCACUGUAACGGGCAACCCACUAUUGACUUCACCCAGGCACAUUGCCAGGCAACAGCUAAGCCAGCUUCAGGAUAGUGGCUUCGCACUGUAUUCUGCCUUCACUUAUGAAUUCUGUGUUUAUGGUGUUGCUGAACUUGUAAACUCAAAGACAAUCUCUUUUCCUGCUGCAACCUUACUGAACAAUCAGGACCAGGCUUUCAUUCAGGAACUCAUUGAUGGGAUGUAUCAUGCCGGGGCAAACAUUGAGAGCUUCUCAUCUUCUACAGGGCCUGGACAAAUGGAGGUCUCUUUUCAUCCCGAGUUUGGCAUAUGUGCUACCGACAGCGCCUUCAUCUUCAGAACAGGCAUUAAAGAAGUGGCCAAGAAGUACAACUAUAUUGUCAGCUUUUUCACUGAAAAUGGGUUUUGCAACUCAGGUGUUCUGUCACAUAGCCUUUGGGAUAGCGAUGGGCAAAAUAAUCUGUUUUCCUUGGGUCCAGGAGGCCCCAAGUUCACUGACAAAGGGAAGAACUGGCUGGCAGGACUCCUGGCGCAUUCUGCAGCUCUCAGCUGUUUGAUGGCUCCAACCAUUGGCUGCCGUAAACGCUACAGCACUUACAGUAAGGAUUCAAAGGAUACCAUGAGUGCCAGCUGGGGCUGUAAUGACAACAGUUGUGCAUUUAAUGUCAAAAGUCAUGGUGAAAAGGGAACUCAGAUAGAAAACAAGCUCGGUUCUGCAACAGCAAAUCCUUACUUGGUGCUGGCUGCCACGAUCGCUGCUGGUCUGGAUGGUGUAAGGCGAGGGCUGAGCUUCCAGGAAGGAUCAGAGGAAAUCUAUGGUCCUGCUCAGAUCAAAGCUGCUACAAUCCCACUGAAGCUGGAAGAUGCUCUUGUUGCACUUCAAGAAGAUGAGUGUAUCAGGGAAGCGCUAGGUGACACCUUUGUCCGAUAUUUCGUUGCCAUGAAACACUAUGAGUUGGAGACAGAAGAAAUGGAUAUCGAAAGGAAUAAAUUUUUAGAAUAUUUUAUCUAG